AUGAGGGAAGCGGACGAUGCGGAUUAUGCGGAUGAUGCGGAUGAUGCGGACGAUGCGGAUGAUGCGGACGAUGCGGAUGAUGCGGACGAUGCGGAUGAUGCGGACGAUGCGGAUGAUGCGGAUGAUGCGGGUGAUGUGGAUGAUGCAGAUGGUGUAGACGAUGCAGACGAAGCAGGAGAAAGGGAACCCCCCGGGGAACUCCACUCUCGACCGGAGAUGCAGAAGAGGGCCUACAGCGAAUCGGGGGCCCUGUCGAAGAUAGCGCAGCGGGGAGAGCGGGAGAAGGGCCUCAAUACUGAGUCGAGUCGUCCAGAUGACGCACGGACACACAAACUGCAAAGCGUCGUUGUACGCAUAAAAAAACUGGAGGAGAAGGAAAAACCAACUCUACACACAGACCCAAAAGAUAAGACAAUUCUCUACUUCGACAAAGAUUUCGAAAUUGAGCAGUAUCAUUUUGACAUGGUAUUCGAUGGAGACGAUGACAAUGAGAAAGUCUUUCUCGAAAUAGGAGGACACACGAUUAUUCAUAAUGUCUGUAGAGGAUUUAAAGAGACUAUCAUUGCUUAUGGACAGACUGGAAGUGGAAAAACGUAUACUCUCUUCGGAUCGAAUGAACAAUUAGGGAUAAUCCACCAUUUCCUGCAUCACUUGUAUCGAGUCAAGUGCAAUGAGCUGAGAAAUAAAACGAUAUAUUUGAGUCUGUUUGAAGUUAUUGGAGAUAGGCUUGUCGAUCUCAUGACAAAUGUCAGCGACAGGAACGCUCCGUUCUACACACAGGAUUAUUAUUUGAAGACGAUAAGGCACUCCUACAAGGUGGUGAACAUCUCGAGCUUCGAGAUGGCCAAGAAGAUUAUCGACACUGCCUGUCUGAUGCGCAACGUGGAGGCCACCUCGCAGAAUAGGAGGUCGAGUCGCUCCCACGCCAUCAUCCAGCUGUUCGUCAACAUGUCCGAUUUCACUCACCACGACGGAAUGGAGACAACCCGAGACUACUACGGCGUCCUGACCUUCGUCGAUUUGGUGGGCUGCGAGAGGGAGGAAUUCAACACACAAGGGAGCCAAAACAGGAACGAGAAAACGUCGACGAAGUUUCUAAACUCCUCCCUCACCUCGCUCAACAAGAUGCUUCGAAAGAUGCAGAUGGGAAACCUGGACGAGUCGGACAAAAGGCAAAGCGUCCUCUGCAAAGUUCUAUUCAAUUACAUCAGGAAGACCUGCGGCGUGUGUCUCAUCUUUUGCUUCAACCCGAGGCAAUGCCAGAAGAGCCUAACCAGCUCCACGCUCAUCAUGGCGAGCGACUGCAAAAAGAUUAAAAACAAAAGGAAGCAGCUGAUUUAUGUGAAAACGGAAAACAGGGAUCCCUUCUUUAAAGGAAUGACCCACGGAAGGUAUGGAAAGAACAACGGGCGAGGUGCAAGUCGAAAUGGGGAGAGUCCCUUCUCAGGGGAAUCCCCGUCCAGGACGAGCAGGAGGGAUUCGUCAAAGGGGACAUGGACUGGGAAAGAGGCAGAGGUGGGGGAAGAGGCGGGGAAACAUGCAGGACAAGGCGUAGACGGAGCAGCUUCGAACAGCAACACGAUCGCCGCAGACACCACGAUGGGAGGCGACACCACGUUGGUUCUUCUUCACACCGGCGACGUAAGGGGGCACCAGAACGGCACGCACAUCUUAACGUUCCGAAAUGGGGACGACAAGCAGGAAGCACUUAAAAAACUGGUAUGCGAAUUGGUUAACCUAAAUAAGGAGGAGGAAAAGAAAAAGGAGAAAACGAUUCACCAGCUGCGGAGCCAUGUCGAUAAGCUAACCAAGGAGUGUUCCCACUGGAAGAGGCAGGCACACAACUAUCACAACAAGUUAAUAUUGCUAAAUAAAAACUACACCAAAAUUAGAGAACUCUUAUUUAGCACGCUGCACAGUGGUGGGAACGACAUUUCGAUAGGGACAUUCGGCUCAUCCACAUCGUGUCAUUCGUUUGUCCAUCCCGAUGAGGACAACUCUCCCCUUGGUGGAAAUACACACGCAAAGGGGAAUCAGCACGUUAUGAGGGAACCACUCCACUGGGAGAAAAAAGAAGUCACUGAAAAGUAUGAUACACUUAGGGGGGACGAUGUACAAACGGAGGGGGGAAUCGCCACCUCGUACCAGAAAAAACAUUACGGUGUGCCCUCCAGCCAGGCAAGAAACCAGAGUGGUGUCUCCAAAGGGAUGGAAUCUUUUAUUGUAUCAAGGGUUCAGGGAAGGAAAGAGGAGCACAACGGUGGCUACUCCCAUCACGUGGAGGAUGGAAGCACACAGAGGCAGGCAAGUACAUACAGACAGGGAAGCACACAGAGGCAGGGAAGCACACAGAGGCAGGGAAGCACACAGAGGCAGGGAAGUACACAGAGAGAGGGAAGUACACAGAGAGAGGGAAGCACACAUAGACAGGGAAGUACUUACAGACAGGGAAGUACACAGAGAGAGGGAAGCACACAUAGACAGGGAAGCCACUCAGGGGUGGGGGCAUCAUCCACGUACACACCGUCGGGAUGUAAUAAAAGGGAUGCUUCCGAAUCGGACAUUGUCGGCCGGAAUGAGCAGGCCAUUAUAAAGGGCAGCAGUUGGGCGAAGGUACCAACAGGAGGAACUCAAUUGGAGCCCAAGAGGGACGUCACGAAUGGCAGCCAAAUCACCAUCGACUCGCUCACAACAAAAAUACGGAAUAGAAUUUUGAAGUCAAGGAGCCUGUCCACGGCGGGGUGA